AUGCCCGAAGCCGCCCAAGUGCUCGCUGCCAUCCUCCUCAGUAUGCUCCUCCAGCGAGUCCUGCGCCGCCUACCGCCCCCAGCCCUUUCAUCGCCUCGCGUGGUUUGCCCUGAACAUCAUACCGUUGAUUGCCCCGCUCGUCGAUGUACUGCCCGAUCUUGGUGUGAGGGAGUGCUUGAUCGUCUGACGACGUGUUCUGGGUGGCGGAGGAGGGUACGGUCUCCUGGUGCUUGUGCGACUGCUUACGGCUCUAAGGGGUAUGGGCGGACAGGAGGAGCUUACGGAAGUGAAGUUGCCCAUGUCGAACGCAACGAGAGAGAAGCAGUCGGUCUAGUUGGUCAUGGGACAGCGGAAGCCUUCGGUUCGGCGCUAACGAUGCAACGCGGAGAUGACGAGAACGUGAUGACGAGGCUAAGGAAUGCUGGGGUAUUGUGGGGUAACGGCCCCCUCCACAGCUCACUUCACCAUGCAGCCGGCUCUAACUAG